ACAGUCGCCGUACAUCAUUCACUCGUUGAGUAGCGAGCGGAGUAACUGCACGCACCGCGUGUUGCACACUAAACUUGGAGUAAUUCGAAUGGAGUAAACAUGGCGAGGCAAAAUGGAAUAAGUUUCUGGCUCUUUUUCACCUCUUUCUGGAUUUAUAUAUGCCCGACUCUGGCUAGACAAGUAACGCUGUACGACAGCACAAGAUUUUCGGGGUUAGGAUGGACGACCUACCCGGAACCCCCUGGCGACGAGACAUAUACUGGGUGGACGGAACAGGGAAGUAGCUACAAUCGGUUUUACAGUGUCUGCCAAGUCCGCAACCCAGACGCUAGCAAUGGCUCUUGGCUGCGAAUGCCCUACAUCCCCCGUCGCCUUGGCAACCGCAUCCACGUGGAGAUCGAGUUCACCAUGAACUCGUGCACGGGCAUCGACGACGCCCACCAAUGCAAAGAGACGUUUGAGUUGUUCUACCACGAGGCGGCCACCAACGAGCCCCAAUACCAGCCUUCCUGGACCGAGCCUCCGUACACCCGCAUUAAGCGCAUCGCGGCCGAGACCCGCUUCUCGGACGGGGACAGUAUGGAUCAUCAAGCAAACCUCGCCGUGGAGGAAUUCCCCACCUCCGCCAACGGUUUCUACUUGGCGUUCCGCGACACCGGCGCCUGCAUGGCCAUCACGCGGGUGCGCGUCUUCUACGAGGUCUGCGCGGCCAAGACGGAGAGUUUCGCCAAGUUUCCGGAAACGGUGACCGGAGCGGAUCUGGUGUCCCUGGUGGCGGUGGAUGGGAUAUGCGUGACCCACGCCCAGCAGAUUGGCACGCUGCCUAUCGUGGCCCGGUGCCAGAAGUUUGGCGUGUGGACGGCCUUCCAAGGAAUGUGCGGAUGCUCGCCGGGAUUCGAGGCUGACGGCCAGAGUUGUCGAGGUAAGUCAACUUUGCGAAUCAUUUCUGAGCAUUUCCUCCCAAAACAAUACAAAAAAGUUUUAGAUGCUUAGCUUAAAAUGCCUACU